GCGGAGCCUGUUGAGCAAUGAGGUGUGUUAUUGUUCACGGACACAGAGACUCUGUGGUUUUAUUUUUUGCUGGUUAUCGCAAGACUAUAAACAUCCUGAGGCUUAACAAGUGUUCCGCGAAGCAGGGCUUCUGGUACAGAAGUGUGACACCUGCAACGAGCUGUUCCCUUUUCAGUUAUUGCUUUUCUGCCAAAUGAAGGAAAACAAGGAGAACUCCACUCCUAGUAACUCUGCCGUAAACCUGGACCACAUCAAACCAUGUUGGUACUGGGACAAGAAGGACCUUGCACACACGCCCUCCCAGUCCGAAGGGCUGGAUCCUGCUACUGAAGCCCGGUACCGUCGAGAAGGGGCUAGAUUUAUAUUUGAUGUGGGAACACGCCUUGGCUUGCACUAUGACACCCUGGCAACUGGCAUAAUCUACUUCCAUCGCUUUUAUAUGUUUCAUUCAUUCAAGCAGUUCCCAAGAUAUGUGACUGGAGCCUGCUGUUUGUUCCUUGCGGGAAAAGUGGAGGAAACUCCAAAGAAAUGCAAGGACAUCAUUAAAACUGCUCGCAGCUUGCUAAAUGACAUACAGUUUGCCCAGUUCGGAGAUGAUCCCAAGGAAGAAGUUAUGGUGUUGGAGAGGAUUUUGCUGCAGACAAUAAAGUUUGACUUGCAAGUGGAGCAUCCUUACCAGUUUCUUCUGCGUUAUGCAAAGCAGCUGAAGGGUGACAAAAGUAAAGUACAGAAGUUGGUACAGAUGGCUUGGACCUUUGUCAAUGACAGCCUGUGUACCAUGCUUUCACUCCAGUGGGAGCCGGAGAUCAUUGCUGUAGCUGUCAUGUACCUGGCAGGACGCCUCUGCAAAUUUGACAUCCAGGAGUGGACCUCCAAACAGUCAUCUCGCCGCUGGUGGGAGCAGUUUGUCCAGGAUGUGCCAGUGGAGCUGCUGGAAGAUAUCUGUCACCAGAUCCUGGACCUGUACUCCCAGGGCAAGCAGCCAAUCCCUCAACAGCUGCAGGAGAAAGAAAAACCUGCUGCCCCAGCCCUGCCUCCACCAGCAGCCCAGGCCACUACCCAAAACCCACCUACACCACUUCCCCCAAAGAAAGCAUCACCGCAGACCAGCCCUCCACGGCAGCUCAAGCGACCCCACGACCCCUCUCCAAAGGAUGAUACAAAAGCACCAGUUCCAGAACAAGUAGGCUCUAAAAUCCCUCGCCUGGAGACCACCAUGCCCCCAUUGCCUGUGUCACAGCCUCCAGCUGACCGCAAGCCACCACCCAGUGCCCCAGCCCCACCUGCAGAGCCGGAGAUGACAGCCACAAGUGAACCAGCAGAGCCCCCCAAGGCACCUGUGCCACCUCUGCCGCACACAGCUCCGGUGCACCAGCCCCCUCCUCUGCCUCACCGCCCACCACCGCCACCGCCCCCUUCCAGCUACAUCAUGGGCAUGUCCACCACCAGUUCGUACAUGUCCAGUGAGGGCUACCAAAGCCUACAGUCAAUGAUGAAGACAGAGGGCCCCUCCUAUGCUGCCAUGCCCCCUGCUUACGGACCCCCGAUUCAGUACCACCCCCGUGUCUUUCCCCCAAAUCCGCCUCCACCUGGGCCACCACCACCCUCCUCUUACCCCCCACCACCCAACAUCCCUCCUCCCACCCCAUCUUACCCACCCCCAGGUUAUAAUCCCAGCUACCCUCCUCCACCACCUCCACGCAUGCCCCCAGGGCAUGGUGUGCCCCCACCAGGGAUGGGCAUCCCCCCUGCCUCCUACCCACCCCCUCCUGGCCCCCCAGGUGGGCAGGCCCAAGUACCCCUUCCCCCACCAGGCAUGCCCCCUGUUGGUGCCUUAAACCGAGGUGGCUGGAUGAGAUGAGAAAGCAAUCUGAGACAGUUCCCUGUUUUUCUCCUUAUCGCAAAUAGUCACCAUGUUGACCAGAAAGAAAUAAAUCAGGGUUCAAACUUCUGAUAAAUGGCACGUUUCCUUUGUAAGGAAAAUGUCACUGUGAUGUUUUGUUUAUGCUCAUACUUCUGUUUCUACUUUUUAAAGAAUUUUUUUUUUUUUUUUUUUUUUUUUUGCUUAUGAUUAAAUAUUCUUUCACUAUAAAUGAUGUAAAGGAAAGACUUCUUGGAGUUGCCUAACUAGACUUUCAGCUAAUAUUUUAACCUUAGAAAAUAAUUUUGUGUUUUCCAGAAAGUUUUUGUCUGAAAUUUGAGGAAUUUUGCAAUGAGGUGAAAAAACUGAAAUUACGCUCAUUUCAUUAUAUUUAAUAGCUGUGCUGCAGUCAUUCACCUUUCAGCUGAAGCACAUUUGCUCUGUUGGUGUAUAGUGUUGAAAGAUGUUUGAAACUAAAGUAUGAAAAAUUUAUAUAAAUAUUGUAUAAAAAAACAAUUAUGCUUUUGUAAAUACAAAAAUAUGAGGACAACUAAUGACUUUUUGCUGAGACCUCCUAAAGUACUUUGGCUUGCAAGGCUGUGACCAGGCUGUUGACUGAGAAAUCAUUGUCAUGUGCGAUUCUGCCAUACUGUACAGUAGCAAAAAGUGUGUAAAGACAUCAAACAUUAAAUUUUUUUCUGCAAUUUUAACUUGUGCCCAUGGUCUGUUGAGCAAAAUGUGAGGAUUAUGCUCACUUCAUAAUGUGUUGUCCCAGUAUAUGAACUGUACAGUUCAAAGAAAGUGCACGUAUAAAGUGUUGUAUCUCCUGUGACCCUUAGGACUGCUUACAGUGUCAAGACAUAAUUUCUCUUUAUACUGGUGCUAUGGCUUUUUUUUUUUUUUUUUUUUUUGGAAA